AUGGUCUCCAUCGACCUCAGUGCAUCUCUCGACCAUUUCUUCGACUUCAUCCGCAAACACCCCACCGAGCGGUACCCUUCCAGACAUCUUCGUUCUACACCUCUCUGCCGGUUCUCUCCAUACCCCAAGCCUCGUAGCACUCACAAUGCUCAUGGCCCUACCAGACUGGUACUGUCAGCCGCGCAAAUCCACCCGGGCGCGACUCUGAUGUCCUCUGCCGCCGAUGCGAAACUCCUGCAUGUCCUAGAUGCAUCUCUUGUGGACUCCACCACAAAGAACUAUCGCUCCUCUCUUAAUUCCUUCUUCCGAUUCUGUGAUGCAGAACGUGUCCCGCCUCUGUUCCGCCUACCCGCCAGCGAACACUUGCUGUGUUGUUUUGCGGCUUCUAAGGCUGGUUUGCGCCCCCGUAACACUGUUCAAAACUAUAUCUCUGCCGUCCGUGCUUGGCACAUCAUCCAAGGUGUCAACUGGAAUGGUGGCCUACGCCUCUCCUACGUGCUCCGUGGGGUUGAGAAUCUAGCACCCGAUCGUAAACCCCCACGUCCCCCAGUUACUCGUGUGAUGCUUGAGCUCCUCCACGAAAAUCUCGACACCUCAAUUCCUCUCAAUGCUUGCAUCGUCGCUGCUGCAAACACCGCUUUCUGGACUCAAUCGCGACUCGGAGAAAUACUCUCACCCGCUAUGCACUCUUACGAUCCGCGGAAAAUCCCAUCACGCCAGCACCUAUCCUCUCCGUCCACUGAGCAUGGUGCAUGCACUCUGCACUACCCCUGGAUGAAAACGAAGAAGUAUGCCGGUGACAACUCGACGGUCACGCGCCAACUAGGUUCCUCCGAUCCAAUCGCCUCACUACAACACCACCUGCUUGUUAAUGACGCCCCAGUCCAUUUCCCCCUUUUCACCUACCACGACCGUUCGGGUUCGUUCGUAUGUCUCACUCGAAAACUUCUCCUCCGGGUAUGCAACACUAUCUGA